AUGGCUGGUAGAAAUAAUCGUGUGAUUGCUGAUGCUCUUCAAGCAUUAGCACAAGCUAUGAAUAAUAACAAUAGGGCUGGAGUCGGUCCUAACUGGUUGGAGAAAUUUCAACGAAAUCUCCCACCUACCUUUAAAGGAGGAUAUGACCCAGAUGCUGCUAUGAAUUGGCUAACGGAGAUCGAGAAGAUCUUCAACGUUAUGGAUUGUCCCCUCGCUCAGAAGGUGAAGUUGGCCACCUUCAUGUUGACUGCUGAUGCCCACUUUUGGAGAUAUAUCACUUUCCCACUAUUCAAUAAGUGCAACAUUUAUGAUCGUGACAACCGUGCUCGUGCUACUUUCUAUAAAGGAGUUGGAGGUCAUAUCCAUGCUGUGAGUUCUAGUACUUCGGGUAGGAGUAAGCCUUACUCUGCUCCUACUAGAUUUCAAGGGAGUAAAGCUGCUGCUAAUAAAAGAAGAUGCGGGAAGUGUGGACGUGCUGGUCAUAAUAAGUUUGAGUGUCGUGACAGGGAAGUUACCUGUUUCAACUGCAAUGGUAAAGGUCACAUCAGCACCCAAUGUCCUGAACCACCAAGAACACGUGUUAUUGGAUCGAGUUCGCAAAUUGAGCGUCCAAAGACUGUAGGGAGAGUAUUUGCUCUUAGUGGUGCUGAAGCUGCUCGGUCAGAAAAUUUGAUACAAGAUUUUGAUUUAGUUGUUGAAACCCUUACUAAUGGUCCUGUGACUACAUCCCUAGUGUGUUUGAAAUAUCCUUUGAUAGUUUCUGAUAAGCAAUUUCUAGUUGACUUAAUUUGUCUGGCUCUUAGUCAAUUAGAUGUAAUUCUUGUGUACAUGAUCUUUGCUUCCUUAACACUUGAGACUAAUAGUAAGCUAGAUGAGAUUCCCUUACUGAGAAAAUUUCCAGAAGUAUUCCCUAAGGAUAUGUCUAGUUUACCACCUGAGAGAGAGAUUGAGUUUAGCAUAGACUUAGUACCAGGACAUGUGAUAUCCAAGGGUGGGAUAGCUAUAGAUCCUACUAAGGUAGAAGCUGUGUUAGAGUGGAGUACACCUAAAACAAUAUUUGAGAUUAGGAGUUUCUUAAGACUAGCUGGUUAUUACAGAAGGUUCAUAGAGAAUUUCUCUAGGCUAGCUCUUCCUUUGACUAAGCUGACGAAGAAGGACCAACCUUUUAUGUGA